UCUUGUUAUACAAAUACCAGUACACGCGUUAACCUAAUUCCAACGAACUACGAACCCUAAUUCUUAAAUACAAAAUUUCAAACCUCUCUCUAAUUUUUUUCAACUCCUCUCACAUUAUAGUUUUUUAUUGUUUUUUUCCCUUAAAUUUAACAGAAAAAAGACUAAUUUUUAAUUAGCAGAAGAUUUUUUAUUAUAAUUAAUAGUAGUGUCGUAGUGUAAUGGACUUCUCCAUCAAGAAAUCAUUUAAAUCCCAUGGCUCUGCCAAGCACACGAGGAAGAUCUCCGCCGGAGCAGACGACCCUAACCACGAGGAGCUCCCCAUUCUAUUAGAUCACGACCACCGCCACCACAGCCAGCCGAUGACUGACCUCGACUUGUCCGACCGGCGGGAAGUCAUUGUCAAGAUCGACGAGGGCGCUGAUUCCUCCACCAGGGCCACCAUGGACCCCGCCAAAAAUGGCGCCAAGAUUUGGCGGGAGUCCAGCAUCGAUUUCUGGAACGGGGACAGCAACGACGACGGCAAUGCCGAGAGUUUUGAUUUCGUGCAGCGCGGGAAGACGGCCACGGUGCCGGGGGAGGAUCCGCCGUCGAAGCUGAUUGGGCAGUUCCUGCACAAGCAGAGAGCUUCCGGCGACAUGACGCUUGACAUGGAUUUGGAUAUGGAGGAGCUGCGGCAGAACGAGCGCGACUUGCCGCCGCUAGCCGAGUUGCCGAGUCCGAUGGACUCGCGAAAAGUUUCGUUCCAAUCGCCGGCGUCGGACCUCCCCGAUACACCGCAAACCGAGUCGGUUCGGAGGCGAUACAGGGAGUCCCGCGACGAGGAGCGGCACCGCAGCGGAAGGUUGAGCAACGGACAGGACGACGUUGUCCGCUGUACUUCCAACGCCUCAUUCCGCAGAGAGCCUUCGUUCGCGAACAGGUCCGAUUUGCUGAGAAUAAAGACCAAGUCCAGACUAAUCGACCCGCCUGAGGAGCCAGACUUCAAAUCGAGCCGAAUCCCGCGCUCAGGCCAGAUCCCGAGAUCGGGUCUGAUGAGGUCCGGUAUGCUGAGCCGCGGUGGCGACGACGAGGACGACGACCCGUUUCUGGAGGAGGACGUGCCGCACAAGUACAAGAGGGCGAAGUUCAACGCAGUGACGCUGCUUCAAUGGGUAAGCUUGAUUUUGAUCAUUGGGGCUCUGGUUUGCACGCUGACGAUUCCAGUUUUGAGGCAGAAGAGCUUGUGGAAAUUGAUAUUGUGGAAGUGGGAGGUCUUGAUUUUGGUUCUGAUUUGCGGGAGAUUAGUUUCGGGUUGGGGGAUUAGGAUCGUGGUGUUUUUUGUGGAGAGGAAUUUCUAUCUGCGUAAGAGGAUUUUGUAUUUCGUAUAUGGAGUCCGAAAGGCGGUGCAGAACUGCCUCUGGCUCGGCCUGGUUCUAAUCGCAUGGCAUUUCAUGUUUGACAAGAAGGUGGAGAGGGAGACCAAGAGCGAGGUGCUUGCCUAUGUGACGAAAAUCUUGCUUUGUCUCUUGAUUGGAGUGUUGCUGUGGCUGGUGAAGACGUUGAUUGUGAAGGUGUUAGCUUCAUCGUUCCAUGUGAACUCGUAUUUUGAUCGGAUUCAGGACGCUCUUUUUAAUCAGUAUGUGAUUGAGACGCUGUCCGGGCGCCCUUUGGUUGAGAUACAGAAUGCGGAGGAGGAGGAGGAGAAGUUGGUGGAUGAGGUCAGGAAGCUGCAGAGUGCUGGGGCUACCAUGCCUCCUGCCCUCAAGGCAAAUGCAUUCCCGUCCCCGAGGAUUGGGAGGGUGAUUGGGAGUGAUUCGAUGAGGAGUGAGAGGGUGAUUGCGAGUAGCGGGCUUAUUGGGAAGAGCACCAAGUAUUCUAAGCCACUUUCCAAGAGGGCAGAGGAGACCGGGAUCACGAUUGAUCACUUGCAUAAGCUCAAUCCCAAGAAUGUGUCUGCUUGGAAUAUGAAGAGGCUGAUGAAUAUAGUUAGAAAGGGGCAUCUUACGACACUUGAUGAGCAGAUUCUGGAUGCCACUGGUGAGGAUGAGGCCGAUACCCAGAUCAGGAGUGAGGUUGAGGCAAAGGCUGCUGCUAAAAAGAUAUUUCAGAAUGUGGCUAGGCGUGGUUCCAAGUUCAUCUACCUGGAGGAUUUGAUGUGUUUCAUGGAAGAAGACGAGGCUGUGAAGACUAUGAGUCUCUUUGAAGGGGCAUCCGAGCACAAAAGAAUCAGCAAAUCUGCCUUGAAAAAUUGGGUGAUCAAUGCCUUCAGAGAACGGAGAGCACUUGCUUUGACGCUGAAUGAUACCAAAACGGCUGUGAAUACACUUCAUCGCAUGGUGAACAUAAUAGUUGCCAUUGUUAUAGUAGUAAUAUGGCUUAUUGUGCUGGGAAUUGCCACCACCAAAUUUCUCUUGUUUGUGAGUUCUCAGCUUGUGGUUUUGGCAUUUGUCUUUGGUAACACCUGCAAGACGGUAUUUGAAGCAGUUAUAUUUUUAUUCGUGAGGCACCCCUUUGAUGUGGGAGAUCGGUGCGAAAUAGACGGAGUUCAGAUGGUAGUGGAAGAAAUGAACAUCUUGUCUACAGUUUUCUUAAGGUAUGACAACACAAAAAUCGUGUACCCAAACAGCAUCCUCGCGACGCUGCCCAUAUUUAACUUCUAUCGUAGUCCUGACACGGGAGAUGCUAUUGAGUUCUGCAUCCACAUAUCAACUCCGCCAGAUAGGAUUGUUUUAAUGAGGCAAAGAAUAAUCAGUUACAUCGAGAACAAGAAGGAGCACUGGUAUCCAGCACCAAUGCUUAUAAUGAAGGAUGUAGAAGAACUAAACAGGGUAAGGUUUGCAAUUUGGCCUCAACAUAGAAUGAACUUCCAGGACAUAGGAGAAAGGUGGGUAAGGCGAGGCUACUUGGUCGAAGAGAUGGUACGUAUAUUCCAGGAGCUUGACAUCCAGUACCGCCUUCUGCCAAUUGACAUAAACGUCCGUGCCAUGCCUGGCAUGACUGGCCAGGUUGGCCAGGUUCCCUCUGUUUACACGGCAACUAAAGCCGAUUGAGGAAACAAAGCAGUCCAUGAAAACUUAUCUGAUCUCGCCAAGAAGCACAUAGAGACUUCUACAUCCCUUGGCAAUUUGUUGAGAAGCAGAAGGAACCAACGUCAUCCGGAUGCAGUAGGAUCGUGUGGAGAAACGGAGAGGAUGAUAUCCAUCUGAUAUGGUUCGAUGGGUUGAUCUCUAAGUUAGUUGCAUUCAGUUUUUCUCUUUGAUUUUGCAGAUUUUUCUUAAAGCUAUUAGUAUUACUCUCUCAAUCUCUCUCAAUAUCUUCAUCUCUAUAUAUCUAUACAUAUA